AUGGUACGCCUCGGGGUUGGAGAGCCAAUCACGGAUACGGUUGCCACAUUUUCAAGUGCAUCGCCCGUAAAGAUCGCUUUUUGCUCACUCUUUUCAUAUAGGGUCAAUGCCGAGGGAAAGUUUGUGUAUAUCAAAUACCACUUCCUCGCCGACGACAGGCGGAAGCAGUUCACCACUGACUAG